CAGCAAGGCAAUAAGAUCAAAUUGACCAGAAAAGAAAAGAAAGAAAGAUAAAAGGCUGAGAUAUGGCUGCUAACCAAAGGCCUGCCGCUAAUCCUGUGUACGAAAAUUUCGAACCAACCACUGAAUGGUCACGAGAACCUACAGCUGAAGUUUUGCUCCUUUUUCUACCAGGUUUCAAAAGGGAGCAACUGAAGGUUCAAGUUACUUCAACAAGUAAACUGAGAAUCUCCGGAGAACGCGAGAUUGGGAUCGACAAAAGGAGUCGAUUCGAGAAGGAACUGCAGAUUCCUUCCAACUGUAAUACCAAUGAAAUCAGUGCAAAAUUUGACAGAGGUUCUCUUUCCAUCAGACUUCCCAAAAACAUCGCUCCCGCAGAAACAGAAAAACUAAUUGCAGAGGCACCAAAGCCACAAGAACAGUUGCCAAAACAACAUUUAAAGCCAAAGCCAGAGUCUCCAAUUCAGGCACCGCGAGAAUCAGUUCCAAAGCCUCAGAAGCCCACAAAUGAUCAGAAACCAGAAGCACCAAAAAACAUGAAGCAAGAAGAAGCUGUUGUUCAAGAAGCUGCUGUUCCAAAGACGAGCAUUGACAAACCGAAAAUCGAAAACAAUGUUCCAAAGAAAGCAGCAGCGGAGGAGGAGAAGAAGGAAUCACCAAGUGAUCAUGGGAAGGAAAAAAGCAGUGUUGUCGACUCAAUUGACAACAAGAAUGCUGCAAAGGUGGAUAAAACAACAGGAGGAAUUGUGGGUGGGAGUGGAAAGCCUGCAUUAGUACAAGAUUAUAAGCAAGUUCUUGGUGGGUUUAUGGUGAAGAUGAAGAAGCCGAAGAAUUUGGUGGUGGUGGUGGUGUUGAUUGCGGUAAUUGUGCUGUCUGCAAACAGAGCAAUUAAGUCCUUGGUGAAAUUUAAGACAAAUGAAGCUAGUUCUUCUGAUUAUCAAGCUUAGGAUAAGCAUCAAAUUGUUCACAUGUACUGAAGAAAGAAAAGAAGGAAAGAGAGAAACAUAAGGGGAUUAGUUCACUAAUCAAUUCUUGUGAAAUAAAUGUAGUCCCUUGGGGAAUUAUUAUUGGUCUGUUGAAAUAAACUUCUCACACAAAAGUGGAAUCUGAAAAGUUUUAUAUAAAUUGAAAUGUUAUCAGCAUGAGCAUC